AUGAGGACGGCCAGGAAAGGAAGCGUCGAGAUGCCUGCGUUUAUGCGGCAGCUGGUGAAAGAGACCGAGAAGAGGGUCAGCUCUUUCUUCAAAGGAGGCCGUGGAGGAGCAGCUGAGGGGGAGCAGCCAGGGGAUGGUGAGAAGGAGGAGGUCAUCCCCAGCCCAUACCUGGACCGGCCGGUCCUGGACAAGCUAACCGAGGAGGGCUGCGCCCGCUGGGGCCUUACCUAUGCCCUGGGAAGCAUGCAGGGCUGGAGGGCCAACAUGGAGGACUUCCACAACUGUGUGCCACAGCUGGGUGGAGAACUGGCCGACUGGAGCUUCUUCGCUGUGUUCGAUGGUCAUGCAGGCAGCUCGGUGGCACAGUACUGCUCCCAGCACCUUCUGGGUCAGAUCCUAGCCACAGGUGGAAUGGGACCAGAGGAUGACCCUGAAAGGGUGAAAGGAGCCAUCAUCGAGGGUUUCCUGCAAACAGACAAGCACCUGCACUCUGCGGCCCGUCGAGAAGGCUGGGAGAGGGGCGGUACCACUGUGGUGGCCGCCCUCAUCUCACCGUAUUACAUCUACUUCACCAACUGCGGUGACUCGAGGGCCAUGUUGUGCCGGUCUGGCCAGGUUUGCUUCUCCACUGAAGACCACAAACCUUACAGUCCUCUGGAGAAAGAGCGCAUUGAAAGUGCAGGCGGCUCUGUGUCCAUCCAACGGAUCAACGGCUCCCUGGCGGUGUCCCGUGGUCUUGGGGACUUCAGCUACAAGGGAGCAGAGAACCGGACGCCCAUCCAGCAGAUGGUAUCACCAGAGCCGGAGGUGUUUGUGGUGGAGCGCUCACCAGCAGAUGAGUUCCUGGUGCUCGCCUGUGACGGGGUGUGGGACACCAUCAGCAACGAGGAGCUGUGCGCCUUCAUUCACAACCGCCUGAGUGUCUGCACUGACCUGAGGGAUGUCUGCACCCAAGUCAUUGACCUCUGUCUCUAUAAGGGCAGUUUGGACAACAUCAGCAUCAUCCUGCUGUGCUUCCCUGGAGCCCCGCAGCUGUCAGCAGAGGCAUUACACCAGGAGGCCGAACUGGAGGACCUGCUGGAGUCCAAAGUAGCAGAGAUUUAUGAUGAGCUGUGCACCAGAGGGGAGGAACCCGACCUGCUGUCUGUCCUCACCAUCCUCUCAUCCACUGACAUCCCUGGAUUACCACCAGGUGGAGGCAUACAGAGCAAAAGGAACUGCAUUAUUUCUGCUUACUAUCAACAAAGAGAGACCCACAAUCCCACGCUACCAAAUGGCCUGGGAGGCUCUUGA